ACCAUGUGGUUCCUGAUCCUGUUCCUAGCCCUGUCCCUGGGAGGGACUGGUGCUGCACCUCCCAUCCAAUCUCGGGUCAUCGGAGGAUUUAACUGUGCGAAGAAUUCUCAGCCCUGGAUGGCAGCCGUCUACCACUACUCCAAAUUCCAGUGUGGGGGCAUCCUGGUGCACCCCGAGUGGGUGCUCACCGCUGCCCACUGCUACAAUGACAAGUACCAGGUUUGGCUGGGCCGCAACAACCUAUAUGAGGAUGAACCCUUAGCUCAGCACCUGUUUGUCAAGGAAAGCGUCAUUCACCCUGACUUCAACCUGGACCUCCUGAAGAACACCACCAAGUACCUUGAGAGGGACUACAGCAGUGACCUGAUGCUGCUGCACCUUGCCCAGCCCGCUGAAAUCACAGAUUAUGUGAAGGUCCUCAGCCUGCCCACCCAGGAACCCAAGCUGGGGAGCAGCUGCCUUGCCUCAGGCUGGGGUAGCAUUGAACCCAGCAAGUUCGAAUUCCCAGAUGAUCUCCAGUGUGUGUACCUCGAUCUCUUGCCUAAUGAGGAGUGUGCCAAAGCCCACUUCGAUACAGUGACUGACUUGAUGCUGUGUGCAGGAGACUUGAAAAAUGGAAAAGACACUUGUGUGGGUGACUCAGGGGGCCCGCUCAUCUGUGAUGGCAUGCUUCAAGGUGUCACAUCAUGGGGCCCUACACCAUGUGGCAUAGCAGAGAAACCGGGCAUCUACACCAAACUUAUUGGUUUCGUCCCCUGGAUAAACGAAGUUAUAAAGCAAAACACUAACUGA